AUGACCUAUCUCAAAAACUCCCAGGCUCUGAAUCCCGGUACACCAAAGGGGCUGGUCCAGAACAUGUGGUUCGACCUCCAGUUACAUCUGGGUUGAAGAGGAAAAGAGGGGAACAAACAACUAAGCCCAACUCAUUCCUCAUAAAAACAGAUGAGGAUGGUCCAAGGUAUGUUGUUCAUAGCCUGUUUGUGUUAUAUAAGUUGCACUCGCAAUUAGGCUACAAUGUUUUCUCUCUCUCCGAUACGCCCCUCUCGCAUAUAACGAGGCUACGAAUAAUAAUCUGGACCCAAGGGAGAGGGGCAGGGAGUCGAAGACGGUGGCAUCACUGGAGAAAUGUGUAUCAAAAUGGAGAACGGCCCUGCUGUUUAUCUCCACCCAAGGAGAGGAGUGGAACGGGGACUCGAUCUGGUACACGUCAAAGCCGAUGGGAGUGAACUAUUUGGCAGCACUGCUACCUGCAGGGCAGGCCGAUGGGAGUGAACUAUUUGGCAGCACUGCUACCUGCAGGGCAGGCCGAUGGGAGUGA